UUCUCUGGAGUAGUUGUUUGAAAAUGGUUCUUUUUGUUUUGACCAGCUACACAGGAUGUGAUAUUGCUCAGUCGAACACUAGAUUAUCGGAGCAGAUGGCUCACAGGUUUACAACUGAUGGAUCAUUUGGCCUCACGACUUUUUGUCAGGAAGUUACAGUAAGAAGCAGAUGGCUGAGGUGACACCCCCCACUCUCUGUGUGUCUGGGGGCAUCUGGUGGCAUCUUGUGUUGAUGCUGAUCCGUUUAUCUCCUCGGCCUCUCAGCUGCUCACAACACAGGACGAUUAGAGCCUCCCUGCAGGAGCAUCACAGCGGCGACGAGAGUGUGCGCUUGAACCAAAGAUGCUAGAGGCGCUCAGGCUGCUGCUGGUACUUGGGCCGGUGCUGGCCCAGGUCCGUCACCCUUUGCCCGUGCUGUGGAUGAUGCCGGGCAGCUCGGGGUCCGGCAGGGAGAACCUGACGGCCGCGGUGGUCCCGGCGGUCAGGCUGGCUCUGCAGGACCUGCAGAAACAACCAGCACCACUGGGGAACUACGAGAUCCAGCUCCAGCUGCUGAACUCACAGUGUGAUCCUGCCACAGCUCUCAAAUCUCUGUUUGAUGCAAUGUGGGUGGGGCCAAAGUACCUGCUGCUGUUUGGAGGUGCGUGUCCACCUGUGGCGUCGCUCAUCGCUCGCGCUCUGCCCGCUCUUGGCCUCGUGCAGAUCUCCUUCGCUGCCUCAUCCAUGAGCCUGUCCAACAGGAAGUGGUACAGGAACCUGUUCAGCACAAUGCCAUUGGACCGAGCUUUGAACCAGGCUGUGGUGAAGCUCCUGCAGAGAUACAAGUGGGCCAGAGUUGGUGUCGUCACACAGGUUGGACCCAGACACUCAGAGAUGAAGAAGGAUCUGAUGAGACAGCUGCUGAUGGCGAACGUUCAGGUUGUUUCCACAGAAAGUCAGGACGACGCCUGCAGGAGCCUGGAGAAGCUGAAGGAAGAUGAUGUUCGGAUCAUCAUCGCACAGAUCGAAGAGGAUUCAGCCUCUGAGCUUUUCUGCUGUGCUCACAUGCUGAACCUGUUCGGACCUCAGUACCAGUGGAUCGUUGCUGGAGGAGCAGGUGGAUGGAGGCUGGGGCCUACAGCUUCUGGCUGCGCUGCCACCCAUGUGCUGACAGCUGCAGAGGGCUCCAUCCGACUCCAGAUCUUACCGUUGAGCAAGAUGAACGCAGCCGGAGUCUCUGGACAGACUCCUGAAGAAUAUCAGGACAUGUACCUCAGACAUGUGACACCGCAGGGGUCAGAGGUCAGCCCUCUCCACGCCUUUGCCUACGACGCCGUGUGGGUCGCUGCCAAAGCUCUGACUCAGGUGAUGGAGGUGGUGAAACACAGAGAGAAAUACAGAGUACUGAGGAACAUGAGCGUCAGCGACCAGGAGGUUCAGAGGUUGCUGCUGGCUGCAGUGAGGAACACACGGGUUCAAGGAGUCACAGGUCCAGUCGUCUUUCGAAACGGGGAGAGAAUGUCAUCAAUCGAGCUGAUUCAGAUUCAAGGCAGCAGCCAUGUGUUGGUGGGUGGCUUCAACACCAGCAACCAGCAGCUGCGACUGAUCAACCACCUGCUGAACUUUAAAGGACGUGGACCCGCCAGAGACCGGGCCCUGGUCCGAUUGCAGCACCGUCACGUCAGCCUCUUUGUCUACAUCACAGUUUCAUCAGCUGCAGCUGUUAUCAUCUUCAUCACUCUGCUCAUCAUCUGCCUCAGGGUUAUCAACCGUAAACACUGGCUGCUACGGUCCAGUAGUAGGUCCCAGGAUGGGCUGCUCCUGCUGGGUGUCCUCCUCUCCUCCUGCUCGGUCCUGAUCUCGGGUCUGGAUGGAGCCACAGUAUCCGACUGGAUGUUUGAGAUGUUCUGCUCUGUUCAUCUGUGGUCGCUGUCAGUGGGACACACCCUGAUCUUCACAGCCCUUUUCACCAAAACGUGGAGGAUUCAUUCAUUGGUCGGCGCCAAGCAGAAGGCCAGGUGUGUGCUGCUCUGGUUGCUCCUGUUGGAUGCAUUUGUUUUGACCUCCUGGCAAAUCCUGGACCCCCUCAGACGGGUGGUUGUGCAGCACAGCUCAGAGAGCGACUCUGUAGACCAGGACCUUCUGGUCCAGCCCUUCUCUGAACACUGCAGCAGCAGCGGCCUGGAGCUGUGGCUCAUGGCCGUCUACGGAUACAAAGGCCCCCUGCUGGGUCUCGGCUGCUUCCUGGCCUGGAACACCCGGUGUGCACAGGCGCCCCCUGCUGGCGAUGCCUUGUUUGCGCUGACGGGGUUCACUGUGGCUGGAGUGUCGGGCUCCCUGCUCACGGCGCCCAGUCGUUCUCUUCAGUUCUGCCUGAGCAGCGUCGCCAUCCUCUGCUGCAGCGCCUUCAUCCUGAGCUGGAUGUUUGGGCCAGUGAUGUUCUACUUGUGCUGGAACAAUGGCGAGCAACAGCAGCAGCCGUCGCCAUCAGAGCUCCACAGUGAUGAAGAGCAGGACCUGAAGAGUCGAAGUGCACAACUGGAUGUGGAGAUAGAAACCAUCACCAUGCAGCUGUCAGAGGUUGGUGCCGAGGACAGAAGCUCAGAGCAGAACCUGAGUCUGGACUGGGUCAACUCUUCAGAACACGUCGGGCGCCGUCUGUCUGUGCAGCUGCCCAUCCUCCACCACUCGUACCUGCCCGCGGUCGGUGGCGUCUGCUCCAGCAGCUCCAGUCUGUUUGUGGACCUGGACCAUGACAGUCCUGGCCCACAGUCACACCACUGCCACCGAGCAGAACUUUGACCGAGCAAACAUUUACUAAAGGAUGAAGGAAAAGGAUGACAUCUGAUAUUUAUUAGUCCUGUCGUCAUUGCUGUUCAGAUUAUUAACAUUUUCAAUAUCAAUAAAUAAAUAUAAAUAAAUAUUUUCCUGAAUAAGUUAACCUCGGAUCUUUCAGUUCUGUUGGAGUCUGGGUCUGG